AAUGCACUGGCAGAUUUUGGAUUGAGCUACGCUAAAAACGGCGAACUGCUGAAAUACAUUCGAAAAAUAGGCUCGUUUGACGAGACCUGCACACGUUUCUACUCUGCUGAGAUAGUUUGUGCUCUUGAGUACUUGCAUCAGAAAGGCUUCAUCCACAGAGAUCUGAAGCCGGAGAAUAUUCUGCUCAGUGAGGAGAUGCACAUUCAAAUAACAGACUUUGGCACAGCCAAACAACUGUCCUCUGACCGCAAACAGGCAAGAGCAAACUCAUUUGUUGGUACGGCUCAGUACGUCUCUCCUGAAUUACUGACUGAGAAAUCUGCCUGCAAGAGUUCGGAUCUCUGGGCAUUAGGCUGCAUCAUCUACCAGCUUGUUGCUGGUUUGCCACCAUUCAGAGCUGGGAAUGAGUAUCUAAUAUUCCAGAAGAUUAUAAAACUCGAGUAUGAGUUUCCUGAGAAAUUUUUCCCCAAAGCUAAAGACCUUGUGGAGCAACUUCUGUCGCUGGAUUCAUGCAAGCGGAUUGGCUGCGAUGAGAUGGGCGGCUAUGGGCCGCUGAAGUCUCACCCUUUCUUUGAGACAGUUGGCUGGGAUGAUAUACAUCUGCAAACUCCACCCAAACUAACGGCAUAUCUGCCCGCCAUGUCUGAGGAUGACGAGGACUGCUACGGAAACUAUGAUGAUCUCCUCAGCCAGUUCAGUUGUAUGCAGGUAGCACAGCCUGGCCACGCCCCUUUAGUUCCCUUCACAGGAGAGACAAGUAAACCUACAUAUAACCCCUCCCCAAGUGUGGAUCAGUUUAUACAUAUUCAUGAGCUGGACAGUAAUAGCAUGGAGCUCGACCUACAGUACAGCGAAGAGGAGAAACGCAUCCUACUGGACAAGCAGAGUGCUGCAAACCCAUGGCACCAGUUUGUGGAGAAUAACCUCAUCUUAAAAAUGGGCCCAGUGGACAAACGCAAAGGUCUGUUUGCACGGAGGAGGCAGUUGCUACUGACUGAAGGUCCUCACUUGUACUAUGUGGAUCCGGUCAAUAAAGUUCUGAAAGGGGAGAUUCCUUGGUCACCUGAACUACGGCCUGAAGCGAAGAACUUUAAAACUUUCUUUGUUCACACGCCAAACCGGACAUACUAUCUAAUGGAUCCAAGUGGCAAUGCUGACAAAUGGUGCAAGAAAAUCCAGGAAGUUUGGAGGAAGAUCUACCACAAACACCAGAGCCCCAGCCUAUAGGACUACAGGACUACAGUGCUUCCUGCCCCCUUUUGGCCACACCCCCCACAGCCCUCCAACCAAUCACAGAACAGGAACACGCCCCAGUAGAGACAUCUGUCUCCAGCUAUAUAUUGUCUUUGUCUCUUCAUAUAUCAGUCCCGUCACUCCCAGGUACUU